AGCGCACUUUACAGGGCGCAGCCUUGCUUGAGCUUGGAAAGUUGCUGGAGAUCGCUACGCCGACUGCUUGCUCGACGUACGACACAUCGCGAAUACAAUCGCGCACAUUAGCAGGUGUUUAUGCUGCUGACCGCACCGAGUACCGGAAUUUGUCAUCAACUGCUGCGAUCUACCGACGGCCCUCAAUCGCUACGCGCUGAAAGACCAUGACGGAUGAAGCUACGAUCAUGGGAAAACUGGAGUGCCUCAAGGAAAUAAGGGCCCGCACGGUUCAGAUGGAAAAGCUCAAAUCAAGGCUUCGCGGUGAAAUAGAAGCGACGGAGAGCGAAGAACGCUGCCUCCAAGAGUACAGACACGAGAUGGAACUUUUGCUUCGGGAGAAGAUGGCCCACGUUGAAGAGCUGAGGCAGAUCCAUGCGGACAUCAACGUGAUGGAGACGGUAAUCAAGCAGUCUGAGGAGGACAGGAACAAGCACCUCGACGGGGCUAAGCAAAUGCACCACGAGUACAAGCCACUCAAAGAUCUGGUCGACAAGCUCCGGUUGGAGAUCGGCCUCUCCAAGCUGCCAGAGCUGCACGAGGAGGACCAAACCUUCAAGCCAGAGUUUUUCGAGAAGCAGAAGACCGAGUGGCACCAGAGCGACCUGACCGAAGCAGCCCUGCCCCCGUCCCUGGCCGCGGCCGUGCAGCAGAUGCAGCAGCCGGGGAGGAGCAAGGCUCUCGCCGAACGCCCACAGCCCUCGGCCUUCCGCCAGCAGCCGCCGCCCAUGAAGGCGUGCUUGUCCUGUCACCAGCAAAUCCAUCGCAACGCACCCAUCUGCCCUCUCUGCAAAGCAAAGAGUCGUUCCAGGAAUCCGAAGAAGCCAAAGCGCAAGCUGGAAGAUUAAGUACUUCAUGCGCACUUUGAGGUCUCUUUGUAUUGACCUAUUCUGUUCUCUUUGUCUUUCUAAUGGUGCCGUUCGGGCCCUUUCCAUGACAAGAUUUAAAGGAACAACUUUUUGCACACACAGUAUGACAAUGAAAAGGCAACUAUGUUAACAUAACACAGAAUGUAUGAUCUGUUGUGUAUAUUUAGUUGACCCACAAAUGGCGUUUUUUGUUUGACGAAUGAUCGCCUGGCAGAGCGGUCACCAGAAUUGCAUGUUUACUGUUUGUAAGCACCACAUGCACGUAUGGCUCUGUGCCUACUCAAACGCUGCUGCUGUCGGCGUUUAGUUUUUCCAAACUAUCUUACGAGAAUGCUAGUGUAUUGUUUUUACAGUGCUUUGCAGUACAUGUAGUCAAUAAAUUCUUCUUUCCCAUUCCCCAGUAAAGUUAUUUUAUCUUCAUGUACUUUCUCUUGUUCUCAUAUAUUGACAUCAUCGUGGCCAAAUUUCUGCAAAACAGAGUUAUGCCAUGUCCUCUCUGGAAGCGAGUCAGUCCUAAAAUUUUUGUGUGUUUAUUCAGUUUGAAGUUAGGCAAGUUUACAUUCAUGCAAGUAAGUUUUAUGAGUUAUAUUAACUUGAACAUUCUACUUACAAAUGUUAUCAUAAUCUACAUAAUGAAAGUUUAUGCUCUUGGCUUGAAAUCAAAGACUUAACAUAGAUCAACUAAGUUUAAAUAAAUAUGGGUCACUUAUUGUUUGCUCCUUUGAUUCAUGAUGGAUGGUAAUUGUCUAGUAUUUUUCCUAACCACUGAUGUACCUUUUUACUUGAAGGUUUGCGAUCUGCUGCUAUUAUACUCCGUGCUCGUGUUUAUAUGUGCCUUUAUAAUGCCAUAGUUUGAUUUUUUUUGUGCAGUUCACUGCUGAUAAUCUAUAAUGCAGAGAAAGAGCCUCAGUUCGCUGAUGUGUACAUUAUAUUGUAGCACAGUCAGUUGGUAGCUUAGCCUUGGCUACGAGCCUCAGCACGUUGUUCGGAAAUGCAUGCCAGGUGUAGCUUCGGUUCGUCAUGCAUUGUGCAACCCAUUACAUCCUCACUCGUGCUUGUAUUUGCUUUAUAUUUGUGUCAUAAUUCAUUGAUGGCAUAGAAUUAGCAGAAAUUAUGGGCCUUUCUUAAAAGCUGUUUGUGAUUUCUUGCACUUAAUUUUAAUCCAAGAGGCACCACCCGCUGUACGUGACCUUGGAGAUGUUAAGACGGUGUGUGUGCCAUGGCAUGUCACAAGGGCUGCAAAAUCUUUGAGCCCACGAAUUUUAAACUACUCCUGCCACUUUGUAUUUUCUGGCACGACGUCCUAAAAUUUCUACAAACUCGAAGCAACAACAGACUGUGCUGCACAUAUGAAACAGGAAUUAGAAAGCUCUGUUCAUUUGACAUCGAGAAAGCAGUAGAUUAGAAAUUGUAAAAAAAAAAUGGUGUAUCUAUUCAAAACAUGAACGCUGCUGAUGACUCAAGCAUACAACAGUAGCUGAAUGCUCUCGCUCCCUCCUCACCAAGCUUUUUCUAAACUUGUGCAAAUAUCACUUUUUUGGCCUCAAUGCAGUAUAUUUACUACAAAAGCUUUUAUUUACAUGUUGUCUUCGUUACAUACUAGUCUAAUUAUACAGUUAUUUGCAUCAGCACGAAACAAACAUGUGGUGCUACAUAUGUGCAGUCUACUAUCCACUUUGCAUGCAGACUAGCAGUCUUGCUCAUUGCCAUUUGCUCCGGCUGCUGAGCAUUGUGAGAAAGCUUGGAAAGUAUUUAAUCACGCUUCCACCAAUGACUAGCCGGGUAAAUUGAGUAACUGAUGCAGUGAAGCUAAGCUGGCUAAACAUAUUGUUAUCACCGUCGUGACUGAUUGCUCUGAAAAAUGCUGAAAAACAUUGCAUACCGAGUGUGAAGGCAACUUUCUGGCUCCCGUGAACUUUAUCAACUAAAAUGAGCAGGACUUCGCAAUCAGUGGCGAGUUACGUGCCAUUUUUAAGACAAACAAUGCUCCUAGGCACUGCUCACAUGCUACGAGGCUCCCGGUUGGCCCAUAGCCACCACAGCCAACAUAUUGCAAGGGGGCAUGAAAAUGCAGCAAGUGUAGAAUGUUCGUUUUGUAGCAUUAUCAAUGUUUCAUUCAAUUUUGUGCUGUUAGUACUUUAGGCCCAAGUACAGCUGGUGUAGUUGCAUGUGACAGUGUUUGAUACAGGUUGGCCUACUAGACUGUUACUGUAAACAGUAUUUCCUGUGGUGAAAACCAAAGAUAGUUGUUCUUUCCAGCCAUUGAAAUGGAUGCUUUCAACUGUGCUGAACCAUAGCUGUAACUGCACUAGCAAUGUGAUCAAUGCCCGUUGUAUUUUGUGUUCAGUUUCUGUUCUCCUUUAAAAUUUGUAACCAGUCAGAGAUUGUGUGCCGUAAAUGACUUGUACCUCUACAGUUGUAGGAACAGUGAGUAAAAUGUGGUACACGUUUACAGCAAA